AUCAUCCUGCGACUCCGGAAGAGACGUGGCAAAAUGUCCGUAUCUGAAAACAAUCGCAUUUUCUAGCUUUAGCUUGCUGAUGAACUUGCUAUAUUAGAACCCUUGUAUUUUCGCGGUGAAAGCUUGCCUGUCAGCACGACUGACAGACCAUGGGUCUGUGCAAGUGUCCUAAAAGGAAGGUGACUAACCUGUUCUGCUUUGAACAUCGGGUGAAUGUUUGUGAGCAUUGCCUCGUUUCCAACCACAACAAGUGUAUAGUACAGUCCUACCUCCAGUGGCUUCAGGACAGCGAUUACAACCCAAACUGUCGACUGUGUAAUAACCCACUGAUCGCCCAGGAUACUGUCCGAUUGGUUUGCUAUGAUGUAUUCCACUGGGCGUGUCUUCAUGACUUGGCAGCCCAGUUGCCCUUACACACUGCCCCAGCGGGUUAUCAGUGCCCCAGUUGCCAAGGUCCAGUCUUUCCACCCUCCAACCUGGCCAGCCCAGUAGCUGACAUGCUGAGGGAACAGCUGUCUUUAGUCAAUUGGGCCAGAGCUGGACUAGGCCUACCUCUGAUUGAGGAACCUGCGGAAGCUGUUCAAAACAAAACACAGGAUGUGACAGACUAUGCUGACUGGUCCACAUUUGACACCCCAGCAUUGGAGACCACUGAAGCCUACCCCACCCACUCCUACUCUCCCAGCGCGUCCCCUACCCCAGUUCCUUCUUCAGUACAGGAAGAUCAUGGAAAUCUCCACAACAACGGGGGGAUGGUAGCUCAGGAACAACACUCUGUGGUGAACAUGGUCAAUGCUACCUCCAGUGACACCAUCACCCUACACACAGCGUCUUCCCCGAGGAAGAUGUAUGACACGCGGGACUCCGGACACAGCUCCGUGACACAGAUCGACUUUGAUGACGACAAGUAUCGGCGGCGACCAGCACUCAGCUGGUUUGCACAGAUUCUCAAAAACCGAACUGGUUCGAAGAGGACAGGCCUGUCCUGGAAGCAGAGUGUCUUCAUGCUACUGCUGGUUGGAGUCCUGGGCUUCUUUACCUUGAUCAUCAUUAUGGCUAAACUUGGCCGUGCUUCAGCCGACUCCGACCCCAACUUAGACCCCCUGCUAAACCCUAAUAUCCGAGUGGGCAAGAACUGAGCAGUCCCCACCUUCAAGUCCUGGUGAGAGAUGUACAAGACCAUCUGAGAUGGUAAGACUAGCAGAGGGGGAGAAGUACCUUCUCUUUUGGAUGUCAAAAAAGAGGAUGGGGAGUGCUUUUUGCCCUGGAAAUGAUAGCAGCCAUACACCCUUCUCGCCUCUUUGGGAUAGGCUGAUAAAGAUGUCCUAAUCAUCUACUACUCGGAAAUAGCCUAGAUUAUAACUGGCUUUUUGUGUGUUUCUGCGCGCGAAAUGCGUUUGUACACUUUCAAACUAUUAGGCUCUGUUAUUGACAUCGCUUUUAAAGCUAUACAGUACAUAUAUGUAAUUAAUAUGAGAUUGAAAUGUUGGAAUUAAUGGUGGGGGGGGUUGAACACCGAAAUACUGUACUGCUGUACUUCUGUAUAUGACACACAUAUAUGGCUGAACAUCUGCUAAUGUUGAGGUUUUGAAGGGGCCAUUAGUUGUUCAUUUUACUUGAGCGAGUGUGAGGUUUGUGUUGAACUGAAUUGCCAUGUCUGACAUGCACAUACUGUAUUAUUUUAUGUUGAUUAAAUCUUCACUUGUGUAAAUAUCCGUAGACAUAGAAGGAAAGCCGAUGUGUAUGGUAGUGUGUGUAUGCUUCAUGUUGAACUGGAACACCUUUCUGAUUUUCUCAUUCUAUAUGCAACAUUGGUUUUCUCUUCUGUGGAAACAAAUUGUACAGCACAUUCAAGUCAUGUGGUUUAAUCCAAGGGACAUUGAUUUAGCAUUAAGGUAAUAAAUACAGUCUUCUGAAAUCACAAGUGCCCUGUACUCAAACAUUCUGUAUGCAUAGAAGAGUUGUGUACCCUGAAAGAUCCUGACUUGUUCCUGAGUUUGAAGGGUUACUAAAGGUUUGAACAAUGCUGUGGUUCACAUUUGAUUGUAAUCUUUGGACCUUAUUCGGUCGUGGAAUAUGCAUUGAGGGAUCUUUAAGCACACCAAAUUUGUAUAUAUGAGGAAUUUCGUUGUUUUGCAGAUUGUUACAUAUCAAACAAAAUGUAGUACACAAUUAGAUGACAUUGCACCCACAAAACUGAAACCCAUUUGGAAAUAUGAGCACCACUUUCAUAAGUACUGGCUGAAAUUAUCCAAAAACUCUGGAGUAGGGGUGUGAACCUUUUAAAUGUUUAAACUGAAUUGUAAUUCUUUAACGUUUAGAAGAAAUCUUUGAAUGAGAAUACUUUUUUUUUUUUUUCCAUUCUUUCUUUUUUUCUUUUUUUUAAGUGAUGAAUUUUCCACUGUAACAUUCGAUUUGCCUGCUCUGGAGUGUUUAUUCAGGCUGUUGUGUCUAGUAUAUCAUAGUUUAUUAGCUGAUGUUCAUUAGCCCUGUUUUAUGGAAGUUGUGAGACAUUGCAAGACAAGAAUUGGUGAGAUACAGCGUUCCAUUGGUGAGAUAACAUCUUUCUAUUACCGACAGAUGGGACUAAAGUGCACUGAUUCAGGCUCUCUUAUAAGUUAAAUGACAGUAUUGUGAAAUGCAAGUGGAAUUUAUGGAACAUUAUGGUUGUAGUGCUACAAUGCACAUAAGAGUAUUCCACCCCGAAACACAUUCUAUUUAUAAGUAAUGCAAAACUAUCACUAUGUUGUGAGAUUUAAGUUAUAAAGGAAAAUGUCAAAUGUUUUAAAGUAAUCCGUUAAAGAUACAUUCUGGGAUUUUUGUCCAGUGAUUGUAAACGUAAUGCUGUCCAACCAAAACAGGUUCCUGAAAGUUGUGUGCAGUGUCAUUAAAACCACUCGCAUUCAAUAUUGAAAUAAUGUGCACGUAUAAAGAUAUUGCACAAUGGGACAUAAAAAAACAAACAACAGAAAGUCCCAGAUUGCAUCUUUAAGACACAAAAUUCCUAUAAAACCCGAAAUGCAAUUCUGUCUGGACAGGUUUUGGUUGAUUAGAUCUACGUAUCCCUCAAUGGUUAGAUUGUUAGAAAACAAAUACCAAAGUGAAUACCGGCAGGUGAAGUAGUUAAACAGUUAGAAAGUCAAAUAAGCAAACUGCACUCUCAAUUUAUGGCUGUAAAAACCUACCAUGUUCAACUUGAACAUGGUUAUGAAAUUGCUCUGCUGAAGCACAGAAUGUCAUUCUAGAAAGGAAACAUUGUAUACUUUGAAGAAAUGUAAACUAAUAUAUAAAUUGUCACAAAGAUAUUUACAGAUUUUUAGGCAAGUAUACACAAAUCUCCAGAUACCAGAAUGCUAUUGCUAUUGUUUGAUUGAGAUACAAUUUGCAGUUUAAAUGUGCAGAACAUUUCCAUUUGUCACAUCCAUACACCAGAGUGCAUCAUUAAGGGGCCGUUUACAGACCAAUGUUGAUGGGACCUCUAGUUUGAAUCAUUAUAUAUUGUAUUUCUGAGAAGUCCAAUAUUUAUGUAUUUUAAUACUUGUUUUACACUACACCAAUAUCAGUUGCAGUUCUUCUGUAUCUUUACGCUUUUUUCCAUUUGACAAUUAACUAUUUAAAAUAUUGAAUGAAAAAAACAUACACCUGUUGUUGAUGCUUACUCUGUGGAACACCAAUCACUCAAUGUAAGAAGAUACAUUUUCUAAGAGUAAUCUGUGCUUUUAUUAAAGCCAACAUUUAAAAACACACA